AUGUAUGCGGUUGUUGAGUUUGUGAAUGAUAAAUCUGUGGCGGCCGUGCCGAAGUGUUGGUUCCACAGCGAAGACUGUGUGAUGUGGGUUAAGAACCACAAGCUACGUGACCGUCUACUUGUGAACAACGAAAGGCCUCCAGAAGGCACAAAGAUUUACCCGGUCCGUGUGCUGAAGAAUGACCUCUCACUCGACAGAGCACUUCAGCUGGAAAAGAAGGCUGUAGACACUGACGAUCUUUCCCACUCAGAGCCUACCGAAUUAGGCCGAGGGAUGAGGAAAAGGUAAGUGUUUGCUUUUCAUUAAUUUAUCUUUGUAGGUUUGUCCGCCAGCUCACCUCAGACGACGACGAGGAUGAUGAUGAUGAUGAAGAAAUGGCUGCGCAAAGACCAAGACAAGAUAAUCAAUUAACUGCCUGGCCUACGCCGCCACGCAUUCUCCAGUAAGAAUCCGUGUAUAUUAUGCCAACUUUUAGACCACGCAAUAGCUCGGAAAAUACACCUUGGUGGAGAGACUCCAGCCAACCUACGCCACCAAGGGCUAAUCAGUACGCCGUUUCUUUUAAAGUUUACUUAAGGCCGCCUCGGGAACCCAGCAUGACCGCGUUUGACAAACGGUUAUCACAGGUGCAGCACGAUGGUGAAUGCGUCCGGUAAGACUGUUCUGACUCUUGAUGACAUGCGAGUAGAAAGAAAGUUGAUUACGUUGCUGAGGAACUCGUCGAACUACGGGCUGACAUAACGCAGGUUAAGGCUACAAUGGCCGAAAUUUUAAAGGCCGUUCAGGAAUUACGUCUGCCUGCUGAAGCGAGACCUCCUUCACUGAAGUUGCCUCUGUGUACGAAGGAGGCUUACAAGGCUUUCGUCAGUGAGCUUGAGAAGAAUGCUAGUUUCGCUCAAGACGCGGUAUGUACAUUUACUGACACUUCUUUAUUUGAAUGGAUUGUAGAUUAAACGUCUGUCGAUUACAGACAGGCGAAACGAGAAACAGUUUGUCAGAAAUCUACUGACCGCUCUACUCGGCCACCCCCUAUGCCUCAGUUUCUGCUGGGGCGGAGCAAGAGAUAAGCAGGCCUUUGUCGGCAGCCCCCUUUAUGGCCUUGUUAUUGGUAUGAUAUUUAUUUUUAAGAUUACUUGUUCAGCUGCAAUUCGUGAACACGCUGCCUUCUCAAAUUGCACCGUUGACACAAUUCGCAAGAGUGCAAUUGAUUGGUUCCACGGCGCGCGUGACAGAUACGGUGGCCGAUCAAAGCGGAGAGACAAUACCACUGCAAAUGCCACGGUAAAUUAAUUGACUUGAGUCUUUAUAAGCCACUUUCAGCUUCCCGUCAGCUACAGCUCAGCCGAAGAAUAUAUGAUACAAUCUACUUCCGAGGACACUGUAAGUGAGCGUUUCUUUAUAUCUAUUAAACCUGCAUUUAUUCGAGCCUAUCAACUUCAAACUACUUAGAUCAUAAAAUAUACUACUAAAAUGCCUUAUUUCAAUAGUAUGUUUUUUGACAAUUUAAUUAAUAGGACGCUGUGCUUUAUUUUAUUGUAGAUACCCGCCACCGACAUGGACGGAUUACCAGAUAUGUCCCUUGAGGAGACAUGA